AUGAGGGAAAUUUUACGGCGAAGGCUGCGAGAUUCAUCGGUUAUCAGAUCGAUCGAUGGUGACUCGAGUGGAGAUUACGAGAGUGAUGAUACAUCAGAUGGUAGAGCCUCGUACGCUCGUGGCUUUGUGGCACCAGCAUUCGCGAAAAGACUUCGUUCUUCACAGUCAUAUAUCAAGAAUCCUUUGAAACAGCUGUUGGAAGUGCCACGUUACAUAUAG